CGCCGGCGCAGCCAUGAACGGCAUCAACGCCAACGGCGGCAUCCUGUCGUACGGGAACAUCAUGGAGGGGUACGCGAUGUGGGUGGCGACCGGCGUGGCGUCGGCCUUCUUCGCGUCCCUGGAGCGCUGCUCCUGCAUCCACCUCCACACCGCGGAGGACGACGGCGACUACGACGACGACGAGGAGGACCUCGAGCAGGCCAACCGCUCCUUCGCCCGCCCGCCGCAGCCGAUCCCCGAGUACUACUACGACCGGUCCGGGUCCUCCGCCUCCUUCGCCACCGCCAAGAUGUGAUGUGAUUGUGACCACCAGCACCAGGCAUGGCAAUGGCAUGGAUCGCGGGGCCGGCCGGGCGUUCGAUCACCAUGCGUGAUGUGAUGAUUCCAUCCGUUUAUAUUGAUUUAUUUAUCGGUUGUGUUCUUAUAGCCAAGAACAAAAAAUGCGGCACUGCGUGUCUGCGUCCCCAUUGUAACAGUUGAUGCAUGGAUCUGUGACUCCGUACCGUGAGUUGUCUGAUGAUCGUUUGAUUCUUUUUUAUUUUUUUCCCCUUAUUAUGCAUGGGCUCAAAAAUUGCUGAAGAGAUCUCGAGCGACUCAGCAAAUUUCAGAUGUGUGUCAUUUGAAGAUUCAA